CAGUGUGACAUUUAGCGGAAGUAAACAACAACACACUCCUGUAGCUUUAGCUGCAUUAGCUAGAGGUAAGGCGUUACUGUAGCCGUAUUGUAGAUAAUUAUUUCAGUUUCAAUUAAGCAACAAUGCCUUCAGUUGAGUAUGUGAGACAGUUUGUCAACGAGCGACUGACUGCUGCUGCUGAAGAAAUAUUCAGAGUUUUUGAAAAAACUAUCGUGGAAUACGAGGAAGAGAUCGAUCGUCAGCGCAGACUGUUGGGUAACGUUAUCGAUUGGAAUCCCAAAAUAAAGUUACACAUCAUAGAGCUCCCACAGCAACAUGUCUGUGAGGAGGAGGAGGAGGAGGAGGAGGAGGUUCUCGCUGACCAGCAGCAGAUGUGUACUCAGGAGAGGAACUCCAGUCUGGACCAAGAGGAGCCAGAUCCUCCACAGAUUAAAGAGGAACACGAGGAACUCUGCAUCAGUCAGGAGGGAGAGCAGCUUGUACUGAAGCAGGAGACCGAUGCCUUUAUGUUGACUCCUACUUAUGAGGAAAGUGGCCGCAGUGAAGAUCAGACUCUGAACUUGAGUAUCGAUCAAACUCAGUGUGUGGUGGAGGAAAAGCGUCUAAACUACAUUCCAGUUAACAGGUCUGUAGUAUCAGAACCAAACACUGACCUCCUGCUCCUCUCUCAUGAAACUGAGAGCCAAGCUCAUAAAAGAGGCAAGCAUGGAGAGUCUGGAUCAAUUAGAAAUGCAGAGCCAGAAACAAACAAAAGCAGAAGUCAGAGUAACAGUGUAAACAACCCUAACUUGUCAGAGAUUCACCUUGAUACUCACGCAGGUAAAAAGAUGUGUAACGAUAUAAGAAUCCUCACAGAUGAGAAGCAACAUUCUUGCCAAAUAUGUGGGAGAAGUUUCAAUCGGAUAUCUUUAUUGAAAUAUCAUUUAAUCACCCACACAGGUGAGAAGCCAUAUUCUUGCAAAACAUGUGGGAAAACCUAUGGUCAGAUAUCAUCAUUGAAGUAUCAUCUAAGAACCCAUACAGGUGAGAAGCCAUAUUCUUGCAAAACAUGUGGGAAAGCUUUCAAAUGUAAUAAUAUUCUGAAAGUCCACAUGAGAACCCACACAGGUGAGAAGCCAUAUACUUGUAAAACAUGUGGGAAUAGAUUCUGUGACCUGUCAGCAUUGAUAAGACAUGUGAGAAUCCACACAGGUGAGAAGCCGUAUACCUGUAAAACAUGUGGGAAAGAUUUUAGUCGUAGCGAUGAUUUGAAAGUCCACAUAAGAAUCCACACAGGUGAAAAGCCGUAUACUUGUAAAACUUGUGGGAAGAAUUUCAGACGUAGCACUGAAGUGAUGGUCCAUAUGAGAAAAGCCCACGCUGGUGAGAAGCCACACCUUUUUUAAAGGCAUACAGUAUAAGAGUGCAUACAGACAAGUCAUUUUCUAUUUUAAUCCUCACAUGAGUAGCCACGUGCAGCACUUUUUCUCAAAUCACGUUCUUGAAGAAACACCUGAGGAUCAAUAUACACCGUUGAGCUGAAACUCCUUAAAAUGUGUUUAAUAACUGAAUUAAAUACCUGUUUGCAAUAGCUACAUCUCUGUAACUGAAUGUGAAAUAUUUCCCACAAAGGUGAGAUGUUAAUAUGUUAAUGUAAAGUUUCCCUUCAUUUGACUUUAUUACUUAUUUUUUUCUGUUAGCAACAUUAUUUCUUUGAAACAAUCGUGAUCUCCCAACUCAAGGAAAAAUGUUUCACAGUGAGUGCACAGUAUAGAGAAGGUGAUCUUGAUAGUUGUUUUUGCUAGAAUCACUUGUAAUUUAAAGUUUAACGAGACCAUAACAUCCAUGUACACUUGAAGUAGUAUAAUCUAUAUGAAGCCUCCUGGAUAUCUUUGCAAGAAGUCAGAUUUUACAUUUGAGAGCGACUCGCGUCCCUGUUUAAUAUUACCAUUAAAGAAAUCCUAUUAAUGAGAA